CGUCGCGCGGCUCCGGCUGUCUUCCGACGUCUGCGGGCUCCCGGAGCGCGGCGGCGGCUCUGCUUAGCCUAGAUAACGGACCAUGGGGGCUCUGGGCGCCCGGCGCGGCCUGGAGUGGCUGCUGGGGCUCUACUUCCUCUCCCACAUCCCCAUCACCCUGCUUUUGGAUCUGCAGGCGGUGCUGCCGCACGAGCUCUACCCGGCCGAGUUGACAAAGCUGCUGAAGUGGUAUGCAAAAGAGUUCAAAGACCCUCUGCUGCAGAAUCCCCCAUCGUGGUUUAAGUCCUUCCUGUUCUGUGAGCUUAUGUUCCAGCUGCCUUUCUUUCCCAUCGCAACUUAUGCCUUCUUCAAAGGAGGCUGCAAGUGGAUCCGCACCCCUGCAAUCAUCUACUCAGUUCAUACCAUAACGACUCUAAUUCCAAUUCUCACCACGAUUCUGUUUGAGGAUUUCUCCAAAGCCGGUAGUUUCAAAGGACAAGGACCUAAGACUGUCCCAGAACGACUAACCCUCGCGUCUGUCUAUGUCCCCUACUUGCUCAUCCCUCUCAUGCUUCUGCUUUUCAUGUUGCGGAGUCCCCACUAUAAGUAUGAGGAGAAAAGAAAGAAAAAAUGAAAGAACCACUGGGCCAGGGGAGAGAUGCCCACAGGGCAGUUUCCUGUUGACCCAGUACAAGGAAAACUGCUCACAACCCACAUCUUUGGUAGCAUUGGAAACACCAGCAGCAACACACAAGAGCAAGACACUGGCAGGAGCCAAGUUAAACUCUCCCGAGGGCACUGGCACAAACAGACCGAUCACCUGCUGACUGGCAGAAGGGUGUGUGCUAGGGUGUAGGGAAAUGGUGCCAAACACCUCAGUGUGGGCCUAGGAUCCACUGCAGGAUUUAAAACAUGAGACCAAACCAGAAUCUGGAUAAACUAAGAAACAUGGCCUGCUUGGCAUAUUCAUGAAUCAUCCCCCAGUACACGUGACUAAAUCUGUCACUCAUGUUUCUCUACAGCAUAUCACUAAUCAACAAAGUGAGUAGGGGGAUGCCUGAGUCCAUUUUAAAGUUAGAAAUCAUGUCUCCCUAAUGUUCAAAAACUCUUAUCAUGUUUUCUGUCCCAGGAGAAAAGUUUUGUCUGUUUAUUUUCUUUCCAAACCUAUACUUCAUUUUACAAACCAUCUAUAAUAAGUACCUUUUCUCUGAGGUCUGAUUUCCAACCUGAUCUGGAAGUGUACUUCCUUCUGGAUAACUUCGUCCUAAUAGUUUAAUCAUUCCUUCUGUCUUGUUCUCAGUCCUAGGAGGGAGACGGCUGAGCAUAACGUCCAGUGUGUGCACUUAGGUUCUCCACGUUAGUAUCUGGUGUUCCAUUAGCUUUCUCUAAAUCCAAACACAAAGCCAACUCUUUUGAAAAAAGACUUGUGAAUGCACAUGGAAAACUGUGGAAACUGGACCCAGUCAGUUCCUUCUCUUUGCCUGUUUGCUCACAAGCCAUACUGGUCUGAUUGCCGGGACUGUUGUCUGACUCAUGUGUCUGGUCCAAAUAAAGGUAGCUGCUGACCACUGCCUGGUUUCUUUUGUGGACUAGGGGCUAGAGAAUCCAGCACUCUCUAACAAGGGGUUAAAUGUACACUUCAAGGGCAUCAGGAAAAAGGUAGAUCAAGCCAUUGAAAAACAAUAAUUUAUUGCUUUUUGUUUCAAAUUUUUGUGAAUUUACCAAAAAAAAAAAAAAAAAGCUUACAGAUAGCUCAGUUCAGACUAAGAACACAAGAGGUGAGAACCUGGAUCACCGUGGUCACGGGGUAUUCACCAGCGGAGAUGCUCUGACAUCUGAAACAAGCGCCCCCAGAUGUGUUUUAUUGCCUUCGUAGAGCUGCAUUCCUUACACAUCUCACACAACAUACUUGGGUCAUUAGUCAAAUCACUGGAAUGGUACAGAGGUGUUUUUGGUCUUUGAUUUUUUUUUUUUUCCCUCCUGCUAUAAAAUUAAAUUUUCAGUUCAUUUCUGAAAAAUAAAUUGGUCAAUAAAUUCAUUU